GUCAAAAAAUUCAACACACCAGCAGUGUGAGGAGACCUGAAAGUGGCACAUGGCAUGGCAGAGUGUGGCGAUGGAGACAGCAGCAAUGGGAGGCCGUACAGGGACCCAUGACAGACUCUGGACCUGGCAGCAGCAUGAGGAGGCGGUAUAUAGGGGCCCAUGGCAGAUUAGGGGCCUGGCAGCAGCUAUGGGAGGCCCGUAAUCUGCCAGCACCCUAUGUCAAAAAAAUUCAACACACCAGCAGUGUGUGAGGAGACCUGAAAGUGGCACAUGGCAGAGUGUGGCGAUGGAGACAAC